CAUCCAAGACGGGAUCUGCUCCUCACACAUGUACGGAAGAUGUUCACAAUGCUUGGUAGCAGAUCCGGUCUCGGUGGUUUGUGCAUCGUGCAUUCGAAGCUCGAAAUGGAAACCGGACUCUUCUAAACUGCCGCAAGUAUUUUUGACGCCACAAGAUAUAUAAACGUCGUCUUGUCUCCUAUAUCGGGUCGAAGCUCGAAAGAACUCUUGCUUGCACUAUACUUAAAGGAGUUAGGUCCUCUUAAUUUCUCACAGAGAUUCAUCGAGCAAGCAUGGCUGUUCAGUCAGUUAGUGGCAAUACUGAUCAGGUUUUGGUUGAAGAGCACUCCUGUGUUAGGACAAUAAUCCUGAAUAGGCCCCGACAAUUGAAUGCUCUCUCAUUUCAAAUGGUUUCUCAAUUGCUGGAACUCUUUAUUACUUAUGAAGAGGAUUCUAAUGUUAAGUUGGUUAUACUGAAGGUGGUGAAGUUCCUGCAAUAUUACAUCACCAUGCUUUCUGCAUGGAAAUUUAAGCACCUACAUGGCCUUUGUUUUCAGGGAGAAGGAAGAGCAUUUUGUGCUGGUGGUGAUGUUGCAGCUGUGGCUAGGGAUAUUAAUGAAGGUAAUUGGAAAUUAGGUGCAAAGUUUUUCUGGAAUGAGUUUACAUUAAAUUACAUUAUGGCGACAUACAGAAAGGCCCAGGUUUCAAUUCUUAAUGGAAUUGUCUUUGGUGGUGGGGCUGGAGCUUCCAUACAUGGUAGAUUUCGUGUUGCCACAGAGAAUUCGGUCUUUGCCAUGCCAGAAACAGCACUAGGACUAUUUCCAGAUGUAGGAGCUUCUUAUUUCUUAUCUAGACUCCCUGGCUUCUUUGGGGAAUAUGUCGGUCUUACAGGAGCCAGGUUGGAUGGGGUAGAAAUGCUUGCUUGUGGCCUGGCAACUCACUUUGUCUCUGCCAUGAGAUUGCCUUUGCUAGAAGAAGCAUUGUUCAAGGUGAAUACAUCUGAUCCAGCUGUUGUUUCUGCAAUUAUUAGUGAAUUUUCAGAGCAGUCUUCUCUGAAAGCAACAAGCUCUUACCACAGACAAGAUAUUAUUGAGAGGUGCUUCUCUAGAAGGACGGUUGAAGAAAUUUUAUCUGCUCUUGAGGAAGAGGCUGCAACUGGUGCUGACAAGUGGUUAUCUGAAACAAUUCAGUCACUGAAGAAAGCAUCUCCGACAAGUCUUAAAAUUUCUCUGAGAUCGAUUAGAGAAGGAAGGUUGCAAGGUGUUGGUCAGUGCCUUAUUCGAGAAUAUAGGAUUUGCUGUCAUGUUUUAAGGCGAGAUGUCAGCAAAGAUUUUUUUGAGGGGUGCAGGGCGAUACUGUUGGACAAGGACAAAAACCCCAAGUGGGAACCCUCUCGAUUGGAGUUUAUCAGUGAUGAUAUGGUGAAUCAGUACUUCUCCAAGGUGGAGGAUGAGGAAUGGGAAGAUUUAAAGCUCCCGGCUAGGUUCAACCUGCCUGCUUCUGCCAUGGCAAAGCUUUAAGCUAGAUUCACCAGUUAUUGCCCAUUAAGCAGGGUACUUGGUUUGAGAUUCAAUGUGCAAAUGCUGCCCAUGACCUUGCUGAUUGGGACAUUUAUUGUGCACUAGCCUAGUGCUUGAACUUGUCAGUUGAAUAGGUUUAAUUUCACAUCCAUGUUCCUGUUGUCUCAAAGAUGAAUGAAGAAGGUACUAAUCUUACACAUCUGGCAUUGUUUUUUUAUUUUUAUUUUAUUUUCCUUCAAAUAACUUUAAAAUUAGGUUAAUCGAAUAGGAAUCGGGAAUGUAGGUUUCUACCAAGGGAUUUGAUAUAAGUUAUUGUCCUCCAUUCGACUGC